AAAAUGUAAAACGUGUGGACGGUAAUGAGAUCUUAUGUUAAUACACCUUUUCUCUCUCCUCCUAUAUAUAUUCGUACCAUCAGAUCCACCAUACACCAUCCCCCACUAGCUUCGUCAUCAGCUUUUCUUUCUCUCUUUUCACUCUUCUCUCUCUCCCUCUCUCUCUCUCCCCAACAACAAAGAACAAACACAUACAUCUACUUCAAUAUUUAGAGAGAGCUAGUGUGUGGUAAAUUAAAGAGAUUUGAGAUGGCACUGACUAAAGAAAUUAUGGGUUCUUCUUUGAUGGACAGAUCUUCAUUUCUUGUUUCAUCAAGAGUGGUUUUGAAGCAUAACCAGUUCUUGAUCAACCCAGUUCUGGUUCCUAUGGAGAAAAGACGUUUGAGAUUGAAGAAAGUUGUGAGAGGGCCUGUGGCGGCUAUUAGUGAGAACUUGAGCUUGGUGAAAAUUGUGCCUGAAAAGGCAGUCAAAUUCAAGGUCAGAGCUGUGGUGACUGUCAGGAACAAGCAUAAGGAGGAUUUGAAGGAGACAUUUGUGAAGCAUUUGGAUGCUUUCACUGACAAAAUCGGAAGGAAUGUUGUGUUGGAGCUUCUCAGCACAGAAGUUGAUCCAAAAACCAAAGGUCCAAAGAAAAGCAAUGGAGCUGUGUUGAAGGAUUGGGCAAAGAAAUCAAAUGUGAAAGCAGAGAGGGUUAAUUAUAUAGCAGAGUUCACAGUGGACUCCAACUUUGGGAUUCCCGGAGCAAUCACAGUGACCAACAAGCACCAGAAAGAGUUCUUCUUGGAGACUAUAACCAUUGAAGGGUUUGCUUGUGGUCCAGUCCAUUUCCCCUGCAGUUCAUGGGUGCAAUCUAAGAAAGAUCAUCCUGGGAAAAGGGUUUUCUUUUCAAAUCAGCCAUAUCUACCUAAUGAGACACCGGCCGGAUUGAAAGCACUGAGAGAAAAGGACUUGAGAGAUUUGAGGGGUGACGGCAAAGGUGUCAGAAAAUUAUCGGACGGGAUAUACGAUUUUGAUAUUUACAAUGAUCUAGGAAAUCCGGAUAGAGGAAUUGAUUUUGCUCGGCCAAAACUUGGAGGUGAAAAAAUUCCGUAUCCUAGGCGGUGUCGCACCGGUCGUCUUCCAAGUGAUACUGACAUGCAUGCAGAGAGUCGUGUGGAGAAGCCACUGCCAAUGUACGUUCCAAGGGACGAACAAUUCGAGGAGUCCAAACAAAACGCAUUCUCAUCCGGGAGGCUCAAAGCAGUGCUUCAUAACUUGAUACCUCAAUUGAUGGCCAAUUUGUCAUCAAACAACCAUGAUUUUAAAGGUUUCUCCGACAUCGACAGCCUCUACAGUGAGGGUCUCCUCCUCAAACUAGGGCUGCAGGAUGAGCUCUUGAAGAAACUACCAUUUCCCAAAACAGUAACCAAAAUACAAGAAACAAGCCAGGGUGGUCUUCUCAAAUAUGACAUUCCCAAGAUAUUAUCAAAGGACAAGUUUGCAUGGCUGAGAGAUGACGAAUUUGGCCGCCAAGCAGUAGCAGGAGUAAAUCCCGUCAACAUAGAGAGGCUUGAAGUAUUCCCACCAGUGAGCAAGCUUGAUCACGAAAUCUACGGUCCACAAGAGUCCGCCCUUAAAGAAGAACACAUUUUGGGCAAUCUCAAUGGCAUGACUGUACAACAGGCCUUGGACGAAAAUAAGCUAUUCAUGGUGGAUCACCACGACGCGUACCUUCCCUUCCUUGACCGUAUAAAUGCCCUUGAUGGGCGCAAAUCAUAUGCCACUCGGACCAUCUUUUUCUUGACACCAUUGGGCACUCUCAAGCCCAUUGCCAUUGAGCUCAGCCUUCCACCGGCCGGACCUAGUUCCCGGUCAAAGAGUGUCAUCACGCCGCCAGUCGACGCUACCAACAAUUGGAAGUGGCAGCUGGCCAAAGCCCAUGUAUGCUCCAAUGACGCCGGUGUGCAUCAACUUGUUAAUCACUGGUUAAGGACCCACGCGUGCUUGGAACCCUUUAUAUUAGCAGCGCAUAGGCAAAUGAGUGCGAUGCACCCAAUAUUCAAGCUUCUGGACCCACACAUGAGAUACACGCUGGAGAUCAAUGCCUUGGCUCGCCAGAACUUAAUCAACGCUGAUGGUGUGAUCGAGUCUUGUUUCACUCCUGGUCGCUACUGCAUGGAGAUCAGUGCUGCUGCGUAUAAGAAUUUCUGGCGCUUUGAUUUAGAGGGCCUCCCAGCAGAUCUCAUCCGUAGAGGUAUGGCAGUACCGGACUCCACACAACCACAUGGGCUGAAGCUCCUACUUGAGGACUACCCAUAUGCAGCUGAUGGGCUUUUGAUCUGGGGCUCUAUCGAGAACUGGGUCCGAACCUACGUGACCCAUUAUUACCCAGAUGCGGCCCUAAUCCGCAACGACAGAGAGCUCCAAGCCUGGUACUCCGAGUCCAUCAACGUGGGCCACGCCGAUCUCCGCCACGAGUCCUGGUGGCCCAGUCUAUGCAACGGUGACGAUCUCGUCUCCAUCCUCACCACCAUCAUCUGGCUUGCCUCUGCGCAGCACGCCGCGCUCAACUUCGGUCAGUACCCCUACGGUGGUUACGUUCCCAACCGACCGCCACUCAUGCGCCGAUUAAUUCCCGAGGAGAACGACCCCGAGUACGCCGUAUUCCUCAACGAUCCACAGAAGUACUUCCUCUGUGCGUUGCCGAGUUUGUUGCAGUCAACGAAGUUUAUGGCUGUGGUCGACACGCUCUCGACUCACUCGCCGGACGAGGAGUACAUUGGCGAGCGACACCAGCCGUCGAUCUGGUCCGGUGAUGCGGAGAUGGUGGAAGCGUUUUACGGAUUCUCGGCAGAGAUCGGACGGAUAGAGAAGGAGAUAGAGAGAAGGAAUGGUGAUCCUAGGCUGAAGAAUAGGUGUGGGGCUGGAGUGUUACCGUACGAGCUACUUGCUCCGAGUUCAGAACCUGGGGUCACAUGUAGAGGUGUUCCCAACAGUGUGUCCAUUUGAGCUCAAUAGCCCAAGCCCAAACUAGGCCCUACAUAUAAUUUCAUGGGCCAUUGAGAGUUUGUUUUGAAGUGGGUUCAUUUCACUACUACAUUAAUUAAUGUUGUAUUAUAGGUUGUAUAUGGAGUAUUUACCAAAAUAGAGGUUGUAUAAUGUAUAUGCAGAGAGGUCAUAAUUGUAACCAUAGUGCAGUAUGCAUAUAAAUAAUUAUUCAGUUAAGAGUUUUUCACCCA